AGCAGCAGUCUGGGAGGGCACCGUGGCCCAGGGGAGAGGGAAGGAGGGGAGACCUGGGGGGAGGGGGGGUGAAAGGCACCCAGCUCUUCCUUACUUCCUUGUGCAUAGGCUCUUAAAGGGGCCGGCUGCUCCCCCCUCCCUCCCCAGUGUAGGCUGGGGCACUGGGAGGAGGCAGCAGGGAUGCGGAGUCUGGUGCCUUGCAGAUGAGCAUCCCAGCGCUUUGCCCGGGGCAUGGUUUGGAGGAAGGGAUGUGGGCUCGAGUGGCUUGCAGCUGAGAGGGAAGUUCACCAGCGUCUCCAGCCUGCCCCCAAAGGCCAGUUCAGGGUCUUUCCCAUGUCUCCUGAUCCCACAGGUUAGUGUUAGGCAGGCUUUCCUCCCUCUGCGUCCCUGCAAACGGGCAUCUUUGCCUUCCUGCCCUUUCUUACCUCCCCAGUCCCAUCCUCUGUUGGGGGCUCAACACCUUAGUCUGGAGGUAGCUAGGAAUCCCUUGACUAUGCUGCAGCGUGUUCAGCUUUCGCCUAAUGGAGAAGCAAUCUGGCUAAAAUAGGAAGGAGAGGGAAGGCAGAAGAGAGAAGAGUAGGGAUUUGUGGAUUGCUGGCACCAUGAGUGGCGGAAGGUUUGACUUUGAUGACGGAGGGGCAUAUUGUGGGGGCUGGGAAGGGGGCAAGGCCCAUGGGCAUGGCAUCUGCACCGGCCCCAAGGGCCAGGGUGAAUACUCCGGAUCCUGGAACUAUGGCUUUGAAGUGGUGGGAGUCUACACAUGGCCCAGCGGCAACACCUACGAGGGAUAUUGGUCUCAGGGCAAGAGGCACGGCUUGGGGAUCGAGACCAAAGGGCGCUGGCUUUACAAAGGCGAGUGGACCCACGGCUUCAAGGGAAGGUACGGGAUACGGCAGAACGUCAGCAGCGGAGCCAAGUAUGAAGGCACCUGGAAUAACGGGCUUCAGGAUGGUUAUGGCACCGAGACCUAUGCGGAUGGAGGCACUUACCAAGGCCAGUUCACCAAUGGUAUGCGCCAUGGCUAUGGUGUCCGACAGAGCGUCCCUUAUGGCAUGGCAGCUGUCGUCCGCAACCCUCUAAGGACCUCCCUUACUUCCCUCCGCAGCGAGCACAGCAAUGGCACCCUGCUGCAACACGAUUCCCCCUCGGCUAACCUGGAGAACGUUCCCAUGACACCUACGAUCACACGGGGUGGUUUUGCUCUCAGCUUGUAUGCAGAUGCGGAUGCUGGAAAGCUGAAGAAGGGAGGGCUCUUCAGACGGAGCUCCCUCUUUGGGAAGUUGAAGAAAUCGGAUUCCAAGACUUCCCUGGCCAGCCAAAGGAGCCGUCUCAGUUUUCUGAAGAGUGAGAGUGGGAUAAGUUCCGCCGGUAGCGAUGGCACCUCCACGGCUAGUUUGGGAGAAGGAGCAGAGGCAGAGGACUUCCCACCUUUUGAUGCUGAUAUCGAUGCCACCACUACGGAGUCAUACAUGGGCGAGUGGAAGAAUGACAAGCGCUCUGGGUUUGGUGUGAGUGAGAGGUCAAGUGGCCUGAAGUAUGAGGGAGAAUGGCUGGAUAAUGUACGGCAUGGAUACGGCUGCACCACGUUGCCUGAUGGUAAGAAGGAAGAAGGGAAGUACCGAAUGAACGUUCUAAUCAAAGGCAUGAAGAAGCGGGUGAUACCUCUGAAAAGUGCCAAGAUAAGGCAGAAAGUGGACCGGAACAUAGAAGGAGCUCAGAGGGCAGCAGCCAUUGCCAGACAGAAAUCUGAGAUUGCAGCUUCCAGAACUGCCCAUGCCAAAGCCAAGUCCGAAGGUGCUGAGCAAGCAGCACUAGCAGCUAACAACGAAUCCACAUUAGCCAGGUCGAUGGCCAGAGAACUAUCUCCAGAUUUCUACCAGCCAGGCCCUGAAUACUUGAAAAGAAGGCUGCUCCAAGAACUAAUGGAGAAUGAAGAAAACAUAGAGAAUGCUGAAGAGACACCACCCAUCGAAGAGCCACCACCGCCAUCACCUCCAGAAAGUCCUCAGGUCGAUGAACAAGAGCCCACCAAGCCGAAGGAGAGUACUGCCCGAACCCCAUCUCCUCCUGGAACACCACCCGAGGCAAAGCGUGCUAAGCAGAAUUCCCAGAAAGAGGGUUUUGUUGGCCCUGGGAGCUGGAAUGGAGACCCCAGCAAGGAUGGGGGUCAUACAGGAAAUAGGCCCAACACACCUUCAAAUGCACUUCCGGCACCAGGGGAGAAGGCAGCAGGUAACACCAGACCUCCAUCCCGGAGCCCCAGCAGGCAUAGCCAUGUGAGGACUUCGGCUGGCCAGAUGGAGAUCAAACCCCUUCAGAAGCUACAGCAGGGAGGCGAUGUUGCAUUAUUUCAAGGCUAUCACAGUUACGCUGUGAGGACCUCCCCGGUGACACCCCCAAUGGACGAUGAGGAAGAAUCAUCCCCCGAUGCCAAAUCACCUCCCCAGCCAAGUUCCUCAGAGCCCAAAGCAGACGUGAAGGAAGUUGGACACAAAUUCGAGCCCCAAAAGAGAGCAAUCACGCCCAUUUCAAAACAGCAGGAACCAGCUCACGAAGAGAAGAAAACACUGAGAGCAGAACCUAAGCCAGAGCCCAAGCAACAUCCGCCGCCUGAAUCAAAAGUAGAAUUGAAAACACAGGCCGUCACUGAAGGCAAGCCUGAACGGAAAACGGAGCCUAAAACGGUGGCCAAAACUGAGCCCAAGGCCGUGGUGAAAAAGGCUCCUCUGACCGAGGCAACAGCACCAGCAGUAGAAGAACAUGAAGAGGGACCUAACACAAUCAUCAUCUGCAUGGUCAUCUUAUUGAAUGUUGGCCUGUCCAUCUUAUUUGUGCAUUUUCUGACAUGAUGGGAAGCUAAGAAGAAGUUUUUGCUGAUGUAGACAACAGGAACAUAACCCCGUCUAUUUAGAAAACAUCUAAAGGAGGAGGAGCUUAGAACCCUGUGGUUGCAGCAAGGCCGUGAACUUUCAGAGAAUGGUCCCAAGUGAACAGUUUAGCCCCCGUCAUGGGUGACAUCUUCUGUUCAGCAACAAGAAGCCUGGAAUUCUGCAGCCCCUCUGUGCUCUUUCUUUUGUUGUGAACUAGAAUUGCCUUGAAGGUCCCUAACUUUGAUGGACUACUGUGCUGCUGUUUGAAGAAACAUGUAUUCACUUGUGAAUUGUGGAAACGCAAAUGAAACAGUCUCUUCCUUGAAUUCCACCAUGAAAAUUCCAGCCUUUACUGGAAGACUUGUUGUUACAGACCUCCCAAAGAGAGAUAGGUGUAAGGCAUGCAACAGCCAGGAAUGAGGGCUACUCCUGUGGAUUUAACUUCCCCAUCCAAAUCAGGAUUGCACUGAGUCCAAUGUUAGGAAAAGUCAGGCUGUAUUUCGCUGCUGCUACAGAAUUCUAAAGUCAUUCUGUUUAGAAGUCUAUAAUAGGCAAAAAGCCCACACCCCAUUUCUAUGAAUGGCAGAGCCUAUUCUAGGCUGUGAGUGAAUCCACAGUGAAGAAACAAAAACGUGUCUUCUCCUUUCACAGAUUAAGGGUGCUUAAAAGUGGUCUUAGUGUCAGACACCUCCCAGAAAUGAAUUCCUUCCUCCAUUACUAAGUGCCAGUUAGAGUAAAUCUUUCUUUCUUAAAGAGUUGAACACACUUGCUUAACUAGAAGCUGUGUUCUUGAAUGUGGCAUACUGCAAGCAUCAGCAGAUGAAAACCAUGUCCAUUUACAAACUAAGCAGUGCCUUGGCAUAUUCUUGUUGUUGGGAGUUGCCUUUUCCCCAGAAAAUAGACCAGCGGUGACAGCCAUAUGCUGCAAUUUUAUACAUUAUGCUUUCCUUUGGGUAUCUGGCAACCAAAAAAACUGAAAGAAAUGUAGUGUGUCAGCAUGCUUGAAAUCCCCCCACCCUUGAAACAAAAGCAUGGACUUUUGAGCCAAUUUCACAAGCUUUAAAGAAGUGCCUCAUUUAAAAUGGACUGUGAAUUUUUUUGUACACACUCCUUAGUGCAACAGCAACUGGUUACAGAUCAGAAGAAGAGACUGGAAAACGAGGGGAUUGAAAAAAGAGAUGCCAGCUGCAGAUGCCAGAUGGCAAAAGGUUUAUAAUACGACCCUGCAGAUAUUCAGCAGGUAGACACAAAGGAUUGUGCUUUCGGAUCAGAUAAUUUCAGUUCAUGAACUGCUGGGUAUGAAAUUGGAAAGCUGGAUUGAUUUUUUUUGCCUUUUCCUUCUCUGUUUAUAUUUUAAUCAAAUCAUAUUGUCAAUUGGAAGAGGAAGGAUACAUUAACUUCACCCAGAAGCCACGUGCUGUAACUGUCCUCAGGAAAAAAAAAAUGUAAGCAUGUCUUAGGAAUAUCCAUUAAACAUGAGAGACUACUGAUAAGGAUUCAGUGAUAAGAAGUCAUUCACUCUUGGAUUUUAUUAAUAUUAUUGCUUCUCCUAAAAUAUCUUUGUAAUAACCGGGCUGCAUUGUUUUGGAAAGCCGGAAGCCUGUUUCCUGGCACUGUAGCCAACAGGUGUACAGCUUUAGAAUGUCAGUACAGGGCCUCAUUUCCCAGUUCCCAGUCCUUGGGCUGAGUCCACCACAAAGAUUGUCAUUCAGAUGUGAGACCGCCAGUUCCCCACAAGGAACUCAGGUCCUAGCCUGAUUCAGACCAGAACCAGAGUGCACGAGGAGAAGGAGGUUAUGCUUCCCUACCUCAUGCCUUUUGCCUGACCUAAAAUGGCCCCAGGGUAGCACUGGGGAAACCUGCAUGUGCCCCAUCAGUCCACACGGAGCUCCCAACACAGCAAAUAGCACCCCCACCCUGAGGCUGGUUUAUGCUAGGGAAACAGUACAAGGCAAAAGUCCGUCAAGCCACACACUGUGGUCCUGAUCCAAUUGGAACCUCAUGCACCUGAGAAUUGCGUUCCCAGCACAGGGUACUUGCAUGUUCAUCACUUAAUCACAAGGACCCAGAGGGAAAAAAAGUAAUGUGUAGUUACAGCCUAUUAUUUAUGUGGUUUUCUUUGAGAGACAUUUAUUUAUCAUUAAGUACAAAAUCUGAUCCUUUUUUGAAAAGUGCUCAGAUUGUUCACACCCACCCAUCCCGCUUCUCAUAAAUAUAAUGUGCUCGAAUUGUUAUGUUUUACUCCUUGCAAUGUGAUGACAAAAGUAGAUAGAUUUUUUUUUUUAUGUGGGCAUAUUUUAAUAUAUCGGCCAGGAUAUAGAGGGCUUGUCCAAGGAAUUGUGUGCAGUCAGUGGAAUUUUUGACUUUUGUUUUCUUUGAACAUCUGGUCCUAUGCUAAUUCACAAACUGUGUUUGACUCUCUUUACUCUCAGAUGCAGUUUGUGGGACCUGCUGUUCAAGAAAGACAAGCCCAGAAUCACCUGUUCAGUAUGCAGAACUGGGCAGAUAGUCCUUAGGAUCCUGAACAUAUAUGUUGUGUGUGUGUGUGUGUGCAUAUAUAUAUACAUAUAUGUACGUAACUCUUUCUUGAGAGAGAGACAGAGAGAGUUCCUUAGGGCUUGUGCACACACUGUUAUCCCUUGGUCACUACAGCGAGUGGUACCCAUUGUGUUUACAUGUAGGUAGCUGCAAGCCUACCUCCAAGAAAUAAUACUAAGUUAUUCAUCAGAGCAGGAGUGAAUCUGAAAUGACCUGUGGCUCCAAAGCAUUUUUGUGUACCCUGCCAUCUUCUUCUAGAACCCUGAAGACCUUUGCUUUCAGUGUGUGUUUGUUUUUAAAGGAAGUUUCUAUUCCCCCCCCCCAGGUUGGAUCCAAACUAAUGUUUCCACGGGCACAAAGAUUUCCACUCAUGCAGCAUCCUUUUCCUGCCUUCCCGUUCUAUGGUAGCCUGAAACGGCCCUUAAAUCUUGUUCCUGGGGGGGGGGUGUCCCCCUCUCUUCCAAUUUUGUGCAGCCAUGGGAGGGAGGAGGCUGGAAAAUUGUGCUCCUCAGUGGAAAUCCUUGUGCUCGCCAGAAAGUCUAAUCUGAACCCAAGCCUAUAAUUCCAAGCAUACAUUUAGCACAAUAGCAAAAAUAAAAAGUGUGCAACUAUAUCGCAAAUCCAGAGCCAUGUGUGUACAUACAAGGAAUUUCUGAACAUAUGAACUUUUCCAUUAAUUUUAGUGAAGGAAAUGCUUUCACACAUAUAGAGGUGCAAGCAUGAGUUGUGGCCUCAUUUAAAGGGAAGAGGAAAGCUUGUGCAGCAAGGGGGGGGGAGCUGGGUAUACCUUAUAGUGCCUAUGUCCACAAGGAGCUGCUGGAUCAAUGCAAAUGUGUGUACAAGUUUUGGAGGGGUUUUUUUUAUUCCUAGGGUGAGCAGGGACAGGUUUACCUCAAGUUUGCAUGCCUUCAAAAAUAGCAUUUUGUUGUUAAUUUUUUCCAGGUCUUACAGAAAAAUAAGUGUAUUUAUCUUUACCACCAACAUACCUGAAUCACAAGUGUUUUAAAAAAAGUAUAUGACAAUUUGCGUAAUAUUGUCCAGGAGCUUCCAUCAGUUGUUCUGCUGGAUUAUGUGCAAUAAUAAAACAUUAUUUUGCU